GUUCAUCGUGAAGGUAAAUAAAUACCAAAGUCGAUCCGACUCGCGCAGUCCUCAACCAAAAUCUGUGAUAAGAUGAACGCCUCCCUCGCCGGAUUAAGACUGAUGUUGCGGGCCGGGCCCGCCGCCCAAUUGGUCCGCCGACACUUCACUGUCAAUGUCACAAAGUUGGCCGGCAUCCGCUGUAGCGGCAGCUUGCUGGGAUCCGAUCGAGUGAGAGCGGCACUGAACUCCUCAGUAGGCGGCGUUCGGCGUUGCCAUGGCGGCGACUGUUCGGUGAACAAAUUCGACAAGUCCUGCAUCGACCCGAAGCUGGUGGCAUCCUACGAUGAGAUCGUCGACCUGCCGAACCACCCCGAGAAGCUGCUGGUGGACGUCCGCAAUCCGGAGGAGCUGGCCGCCACCGGAGUGAUCCCGACGAGCAUCAAUAUUCCUCUGAAAACCGUCGCCGAUGAGCUGAAACUGUCCCCGGAGGCGUUCCAGGCCAAGUACGGCCGUAAGAAGCCCGCCGAAAGCGAUCCCAUCAUCUUCAGCUGCCGGUCGGGAGUGCGUGCUGGAAUGGCCGCCAACGAGGCCGACAAGCUGGGCUUCAAGAAUGUGAAGAACUAUGUCGGUUCCUGGUUGGAGUACGCGGAAAAGAACGGACUGCCACUGGAGUAAGGAAUUCUCCCGCGGAUCGAUUGCAUUAGAUUAAAAAUGUCUGAGAUUGAGUGAGAAUAAACAGUUCAGGUGUUUGUAUAAAA